GAAAAAAAAAGCAAAAAAAAAAAAAACAAAGAUUGAAAUAAUAAUUUUAAUAGAAAUAAAAUGAAAACAAAGUGAAUUUCGUAAUCACAGAAGAUCGGCGUGAAUAUAGAGAAAAUAUUAAAAUCCAAUGUUUGUUACGCUAGGCAGGCAUAUGUUACUUGCAACGUCGCAAAACAACAUAAACAAUCAUAAAAACAUUAAAUAUUAUGAGAUCCAAUACAAAUGUUUUUUGUGGUUCAGACAACAACAACAACAACAACAAUGCAUAUCAUGGUUCUAAUACAAUAAAGAAUAUACAUACGAGCGGUCAAAAAUUGCAAACUUCGAUUAAUAAUUUAGGAGUAGGUCAUCAGCUACAAAUUGGCAACAAUUAUGGAUAUCAACAUCCUAUGCUGCCGCAUCCGCAGCAUACGCAACCAAAUCUACCACCACCUCCGCCACCGUCAGCCACACAUCCAUCUUUAUGGGCUGCCCAAGCCCCAAGAAAUCCCACGUGUUACCCGCAGCCCGGAUGUAUGCCGAGUAAUGCUCACUUGAAUACAACAACGUAUCAAGGUAGGCAGUUUCAAGGCAGAGGUUUCCCUUAUCCCUGUAACUUCUCGGGCCAACCUUGCGAACGUAUAAAUUUAUCAGCUCCAAAUUAUGCCAAAUUACCGCCAUUGUCUGUUGUAAAUCAGCAACGUAUUAACGAUUGUGCGGGCAUACCGUUAAUAUCUACAGCCGUAGCUCACCUAACCCCUAAUCAACGUCAACGGAUUUCACGUAAACAAUCACAUUCGCCGCCACCUAGAAAUUGGGCAAAUUUAUUACCGGCCGGUGUUCAUUCGCACAAUUACUGCAAUCAAUUGGUUGCGCAUGCUCAAGGACCGCCAUUGCUAUUAAAUAAACAACAGCAUUUAACAAUAGGACAACAACAACAACAACAACAAGGCAACCAACCACCAAAUCAUUGGAAUCCAUCAAAUUGCUAUACAAUGCAUGGAGGUUAUAGCCAACAACAGCAAUUCACGGCUAAAUGUCAGAUGCCUCAAGCCAAGCAAGAUAUAAUACGCUCACCGUUACGCUAUCAAAACUCCGCUCCAGCCGCUUUAACAAACUGUAAAUCCAAUGAGAUUUUAGCAAAGAUAGAUUGUUCAGAUAUUAAGAAUGCGGAAAAUAUUAAUAAUGGCGAUGCAUGUCUGCCGCGUAUUAUAAAGCCUCGCAAAAGGCGUAAGAAGGAUCGUAAGCCGAAUAAUUUGGUUAAUGGAUUAUUCUUAAAAAUGGAAAAUCAAAUUAAAACUGCGGAGAAACAAUCAAAUCCUGCCGAGGCGGACAUUUUAAAAUGUUUAAAUCAUUUCACAAACAUUUACAGUAACUCAACGGAAGAGUGCACUACUCGCCAUAAGCAAAAGAAUAUAAAAAAUAUCUAUACCGAGCAGCAGCAGGCAAGUGAUGAAAAUAAAUUCAUAAAAAAUCAUGGCAUUUGUUUUUGCGUCGAAUGUGAUCCUUUGCGUUCUAUAUGGGAGCAUCCAUUACGACGAUCACCAUCUGAUUCGUCUGAGUCAUCGUCGACAUCAAGCAGCUCAAAUGCUACGACGACCUCGUCAAACGAUAGCAAAUCUGCUCAAGAUGAGCCCAGAUGUCGACUGAUUGAGAAGCAAAAAUCUGAAUCAAAUUUAAAUGCUUGGCCUAAAAGUCGAGCAGAUAUUGUUGGUGUUAUUGGUUCGAAUCGUAUUAGUCAUGAACAUAAUGCAGCUUUGACGCAAACUUAUGCGGGUGGAACGCAAGAAUCUAACGGUGGUUAUGCGAACAUUUUAAGCGGCAUCAAUUUAGCUAACGAUUUAUUUAGUCGCACUGCAUCAACGCAUACAUUAAAUCAUAAUAUACUUACAAUAAUGCCUAAUAAUAAUAAACACAAUAGUGAAUUGAUUGAUGCGGAUGCCGAUGCCGAUGCAAUGGUUUUGCUGCCCGAAACAGCAGAAACUUUGCUAACGCGUAGCAUUAACGAAAUCUCACAGAAAUUAAUCGAAACAUGCUCUAAUGAAUUUGGUGAUUUACUUAAUUCUUCAUCGACAUCGUCAUGCGGCAGCAGCAGCAGCAGCAGCGGCAGCAGUGGCAUUAGUGAUUUCUCAAAUGACAGCGGUAUUGAUAGUGCGCACAUUAAUUGCGAUGAUUUGGUUUUUAAUUUUGAUCAAUUACAUAUACCAGGCAAUAGUUCCACUUUAACUUCAACUUCAAUUUCAACUUCGACAUCGACAUCGACAUCGACUUCCGCUUGUAAUAAUUUGACAUCCGCUCGUGCAACAACAUCAAUAACACCUACUGCUACGAAUAAAUAUGCAGCGCAAAGCUUUUUAACAACAUUGCCAACAAUCACGACUUUAACAUCUUCUGGCAAUCAAAGCAAUAAUAAACUGCUAACACCCACUCUCGAAUUGUUAGUUGAUUUUAAUAAUAAUCAACAGCAACAACAACAUCAAAGUGCAAGAAUGCCACAAUCGUUAAAACAGAAACUAAUAUUAAACGACAAUCAUUGGCAGCAGCAGCACCAGCACCAGCAACAGUGCAAUGAACUGCAAUCAUUUCAAAGGCCUGAGCAACAACAACAACAACAACAACAACAACAACAACAACAACAACAACAACAGCAACAUCAAUUCUUUAGCAAUUGUUACGACUUGUUGUGGCAUCAAAAGCAUCAGCAUCAUCAUCAUCAACAACAGCAAUAAUAACAACAACAACAACAACAA